UGAGCGCCAGCGUCGCGGCCUCGGCUAGAAAGGAAGCUCGGCGGCCCUGGCCGCUGUGAGCAGGCCGGACACCUCCUGGCUGACGGGCUUCCCUUAGAGCUGGCGAAGGCGGGGCCGGAGUCCGAACUGCCGCAAUGUCUUAACCCGCUGCGGGGUAGGUGCCGGUGGCGAGGGACGUAGGUUGUACAUUUUCUGCAAGAAUACCACAGAAGUGAUGCUGUGCGAUAUCAGGAGGCACAUGAUGUCCAUAUGUCUCCUUACUGAUGAUGUUAACCUGGAUCACCUGGCUAAGCUACAACCAGAUCUCAUUAUGCAUCAGAAAAAUGAAAAAACAGAGGAAAAUUCUAUGGAGGAAAGGAAUCCACUUAGCCUUUUCUGAGAAAUGGAAUACUGGGUUUGGAGGCUUUAAGAAGUUCUACUUUCAUCAAUAUUUGUGCAUUUUGAAAGCUAAGCUGGGAAGACCAAUUACUUGGAGCAAGCAGUUGAGGUAUUUCCAGUGCAGAAAGAAGGCCCUUCAAAUCCAGAAAACGUGGAUCCAGGAUGAAUCUCUUUUUGCUGAGACCAAAUCCAAUGUCGCUGCUCAAAAUGUUAGUCCUUUGUCCUCUAAAGUGAAAAGAAAGGACAGUAAACACUUCAUUUCUUCCUCAAGGACUCUUGUGAAGCUCCAAGCAGAAAAGCUGCUAUCAACAGCAAAGAACUCUGACCAUAAAUACUGUGGAGAGGAAAGUCUGUUGAAGGCAGUUGCUGUCUUACCAGCAAAUAGGGUUUUAGGUCAGGCCAGUGGCCACAGACCCAGGACAGAACUGCAAGCUUCUCACUUUCCCAUGAAGUUCAAUGGGGAGAGCCAAAGUCCAGGUGAGAGCAGCACAAUUGUGGUCACCUUGAACAACCAUAAAAGAAAGCGCUUUUGUUAUGGCUGCUACCAAGGGUUGGAGCACCACAGAAAUGAGGGACCCCUGAUUCCCAAAAAGUUCCAACUUAACCAACAUAGAAGAAUAAAAGUAUCUCCUCUUAUGAUGUAUGAGAAAUUAUCUAUGAUUAGAUUUCGGUACAGGAUCUUCAGAUCCCAGCACUUCAGAACAAAAAGCAAAGUUUGCAAGCUAAAAAAAGUCCAGCGAAGCUGGGUGCAGAAGGUCACUGGGGACCAUCAAGAGACACUUAGGGAGAACUGUGAGGGUGGUAGUUUCGGCCCAUUCCCUUCCCCAGAACCUAAAGACCCUUCUUGUCAGCAUCAACCGUACUUCCCAGAUAUGGACAGUAAGGCUGUGGUGAAGGGAAAGAACUCUCAUAUGCCUGAUGGCUGCACUAGAGGAAGUCCUUUCUUGGGCAAGGAGCUUAGUUUAGGUGAAGCAUUCCCUGACCAGCAGAAUGGCAGUGCCACAUACACCUGGGACCGGUCACCCUGUUCCAUUCCUAAGUGGGAGUGUACAGAGCUGAUUCAUGACAUCCCCUUACCAGAACAUCAUUCUAGUAACAUGUACCUCUUGGAAACUGAAAGAGAAAUUAUGACUCUGGGUCAUGAAAAUCAGACAAGUACUGCUGAUGAUGACAAAGGUAAACUUUCAGUGUCUGGGGCAGAUAAUUCUGUGGGCAGUGUACAUGGGCCCAUGUCUGAAGAGACUGUUCAAAAUGAAAGCUCAUACCAGAUGCAGGAGGAUGGAUCUCUCAAGCAGAACAUUCUUAGUUCUAAGUUGCUGGACCACCCUUACUGUAAAAGUCCACUGGAAGCUCCCCUGAUGUGCAGUGGACUCAAACUAGAAAAUGAAGUGGGAGGUGGGAAGAACAAUCAAAAAGCAUCUCCAGUGGAUGAUGAACAGCUGUCAAUCUGCCUUUCUGGGUUCCUAGAUGAGAUUAUGAAGAAGUAUGGUAGUUUGGUCCCACUGAGUGAAAAAGAUGUUCUUGGAAGAUUAAAAGAUGUCUUUAAUGAAGACUUUUCUAAUAGAAAACCAUUUAUCAAUAGAGAAAUCACGAACUAUCGGGCCAAACAUCAAAAAUGUAACUUCCGCAUCUUCUACAACAAGCACAUGCUAGAUAUGGAUGAUCUGGCGACCCUGGAUGGUCAGAAUUGGCUGAAUGACCAGGUCAUUAAUAUGUAUGGUGAGCUGAUAAUGGAUGCAGUUCCAGACAAAGUUCACUUCUUCAACAGCUUUUUUCAUAGACAGCUGGUAACCAAAGGAUAUAAUGGAGUAAAAAGAUGGACUAAAAAGGUGGAUUUGUUUAAAAAGAGUCUUCUGUUGAUUCCUAUUCAUCUGGAAGUUCACUGGUCUCUCAUUACUGUGACACUCUCUAAUCGAAUUAUUUCAUUUUAUGAUUCCCAAGGCAUUCAUUUUAAGUUUUGUGUAGAGAAUAUAAGAAAGUAUUUGCUGACUGAAGCCAGAGAAAAAAAUAGACCUGAAUUUCUUCAGGGUUGGCAGACUGCUGUUACGAAGUGUAUUCCACAACAGAAAAAUGACAGUGACUGUGGAGUCUUUGUGCUCCAGUACUGCAAGUGCCUCGCCUUAGAGCAGCCUUUCCAGUUUUCACAAGAAGACAUGCCCCGAGUACGGAAGAGGAUUUACAAGGAGCUGUGUGAGUGCCGGCUCAUGGACUGAAACUCAGCAGGGACUCCGGGAAGUCUGACCAAGUUGGAGCAGAUGAACCAGUCACGCAGAAGACAGAAAGAAUUGUGUUCCAGCAAGAAUCUUUACUGCCCAGAGCUUGAGUUGCCAUUUCCUCCUAUCUGAUAAAUGGUCAUGGUGUCACCAUUGAGGCAUGCAGGGAUGAGUGUAGAGAACCUUAGGUGAGCUGUCCAAGUUCAGUUACUCUCACUUCCAGCUUAACAGGGCACUUUGAGGUGCACUGUUCAGCAUGGGUUAGCCUAAAUGUUGAGUAUUUUAAAAGUCUGGUAAAAUGUUUCUCUUUGCCAUUCAUGAAACUUGGUUUUAGCACCUAUAAUUGCUUUCUCCCUUCUUUUCUUGUGACUGGGUGUAGAUUCCUAUUAGCAUAAGUCCUAGAUUAGACUGACCUUUGUCCUGAUGCUUGCAGUAAUUGCUUCCUUUCAACAAAGACAGUUUUGAAAUAUACUCUGGGCUGUUGGUCAGAGACAGGCAUUGUUUUACUGUCACUAGUUUGGCACUGAACUGCUUGGGUGCCCACACGGUGGGCAGACCUACUUCUGGGGUUGAGUGCAGGCUUUAUACAAAUAAAAGUUACUUACAAUGUGCCUUCAGGAAGCUGCCCAGUCCUCUCUAUCAGCAAACUUAUCAGGCUGUAGUUCCUUCUUUCCAGUGAUCUUUCCUUUUUUUUAAAUCAGUAGCAGUGAAUGUAGAUUUAAUCCAACUUUUACUUAAGAUUUUCUCAAGAAUCAGAAUCAAUUUUUAGUUAACUCUUAAGGAAGGGAAAAGAAGCAGUUGUUGCCAUUAAUCCCCAAAUCACUUUUUUGGUUUUGUGUUUUAUUUUCUACUUACUGUUGAAUAUAACACUGUUCAUCUUGAAUUCAAGGUUAGAACAAAACAAUAACAGACUUAAUUGGGACACAGCCAGCGCUAGACUAAGUUGAGCUGCCCUUUUUCUCUACAGUUAUGGUUCACUGCUUCCCUGGGUUAGGAGUAAUUGAGGGCUUUGGGUGGGUCAGGCCCUUCAGGCGAGAAACGGUGUACUAAUAGUGCAAAUUAGAUAUAUUGAUUACCUGCUCUGCUUAAUUAUGUAAGGAAAUUGAAUUCAGUGGGCAGUUAGGCACAUAUUUUGUAGAUAAUUAAAAGGACCUAAGGAAUACCAUCAGAGAAGGGCUACAUAGUAUUUGGGCAUUACAAAAGCAGACCUUGACAAGCUGUCCACUUAAAUGGUACCUGUUGGUCAGAAAAGAAGGAAUUUAUUUAAAGAUUGUGAUCAUGUAAAAUUACAGUACUCAACACUUCUAGCAAAAUAUUUUUUUGAAAAAUAAACUAAAUGCCUUUAU